AAAAAAGACAAAUGUCCACUAUGUUACACAUAUUAACCACUUCCCGUCUGGCCCAGGUAUAUAAACAGCUGAGAGCAGUGCAGGGGCGGGUGGCCAUUUAUAAACACUCUCCCGCCUCCCAGCCUGUGCAUGCUCCAAAGGAGCGCGUGGCACCGCUAACCGGUGCCCACUGUACCGAUCACUGUACACGACCUCUGUGUGAGGUCCCAAUCAUGUGAUCAAUGAUUGGCCAAUCAUUGCUUACUACGUGUGAAAUCUGUGUGAAUGAUCACAGAGGUCACAUGGUACAAGGC